AUGUUCGCCCAACCUUUCGACCACUCAUUCAAUGACAUUUUCCACCAAUACGUCAACGUGGAUACCCCCGCGUCUGAUGGCAAAGAUCCCAUGCUCUCCAGCACUCAUUGGGACCAGUUCUUCCCGCUCGACUCUCUAUCGAGCGAGUGUGGCGAUCUCUCGCCCACUGUCUCCACCUCCAAACGCCUUCCUUCAUCACCGCAACCCUGGCCGCAGGACUGGUCCCUGCAGGACGAUAGCUGCCUCGGUGAUCAGUUUGCUUUUUCAGAGACUGUCCACCCGUCCGUGAUCUCCGGUCAACUUUCGACGCCUUUUGAGACUCCCGUUCGGCCAACCCUGACUCACCGGGCUACCAGUGCUGUCGCUCCAACGACUCCUCCAGUAACUCCUGAGCGCAAGGCGACCAAGAGCGCACUCCUCACUCCCAAGUCCAUUCGCCAUCGCAACCCGAAUGAGCGCCGCAAUCUGAUGCGCAAGCAAAGUUUCUCGCCCAGCUUGAUGCAAUCAACGAUUUUGAAGGGAAGAAUGUCUUACCCAGAGGCUUGGGCCCAGCGAAUUCAAAACUUCACCCUCACCGGCUCAGAUGAUCGCCUGCCUUUGUCCCCCCCACCAUCCGAUAUCCUCCUACAGCAGGGAGGUCUUGGGGAUGCUGCGUCUGUGCAGCACCCUCGCUCCUCUGCAGAAAUGGCUGCUCAAUAUGAUGCUCGUCUCUUCCACCAAUCACCCGCGAUUUCGAUGCCAUCACCGUCUGCAGAUGCCCUUGCUCGCCAUUCGCAGCAGUACAUGAGCCACUCUGCUUCUUCGGCAUUGACCAACUCCAGUCCCUCUUCGGCGGACGACAUUUUUUCUACCUCACACUCAUCCGAUCCUCACUCUUUAUCCUCGUGUUAUUCUGACUCCCUCACUGCCUCUCUCUCGUUCACCCCCGAUCUCCAAAGCCAGGAGGCUCAGUGGUGGUCCCCUAUGCCCUCUCGGGUCUCCCAACCGUCAACCAACUAUCACUCUAUGGUCCCAUCCCCCGCGCCUCAGCGCUCUCUUUCAACGGCUAACGGCCAACAAGAUAUGAUGCAAGGAGGGUUGAUGAUUCAGAUGGACCCCUCCUUUGAUAUGUCGAACGACCCUUCAUUACUCACCAUGGGCGGCCAAAAGUUCAUGGCCCCCUUCGCUGCUCCUCAAGCUCACAAUGUCUCCUCUUCUCCGUCACGAUCCCCGUCCGGGGGUUCCCCAAAGGACGCCAGCAACAGUGCCCGGAGCAGCCACAGCCGAAAGCACAGCCGAAAGCUUUCCGGUCAGAGCACGUCCACACCAAAGCCCACAAAAAGCUCUACCAGUCCUCGCGGUGCGAAUAAGUCGGUCAAUGUUUCUUUCGUCAACUUCACAGCUCACGACAGCAAGAAGAUCCUCACCGGUGUUGCCCCCUCGGGCAGCUCCAAGACCAAGGCGCGCCGAGAACAAGAGGCUCGAGAACGUCGUCGCAAAAUGAGCGAAGCCGCUCUGCGUGCCGUCCGAAACGCUGGCGGAAAUGUUGAGGCGCUGGAGGCUGUCUUCUAUUGA